CCAAGAAUAGGUUUUCUUGAUGAAGAGCAUGGACAGAUUGUUUCCCAACAUCAAAAACAAAAACACAAUCACAAAACGAAUAUAGCUGUGGUGUAUUGAGAAUUACACAACAAAUGCGGAGAAAGUUCCAGAAUUGGGUGUGUAAAUGGCUGCUCUCUUUGUCACUUACUUUAUUGAGCAUUUUUCUCAAUUGGUUACAUAUGUGUGCCUGCUUUUCAUUGACAUUCGCCAGAUAGCCAUGCCAACAAUACACACCCCAGGCGAGAAGCCAACAUGUGGGGCAAACAAAGCCUUUAAAUAGUGGAGUCAGAAGUCUCUCCACCAAUGUCAGCGACUCACAACAUGUGGACAAUCACAAGCACGCUCCUGCUGACAUGCUGCCUCCAGGCAGCUCUCGCUCAAACACAGGGUCGCGAUGAAGAUAAACCAAGAGGCAGGAGGAACAUUUGGGAGGAUGUGAUUGAGUUUCUUACCAAAGGCACCAAAGAUGAAUGCUACUUGAGCGUGACAGGACAUGGGGAUCUGACAAAGCUCCGCAUCUCUUGCCAGGGCCUGGAGCAUUCAUACUGGUGCGAGUACCAGGGCAAGCCUCAGGUCUGCCUCUCUUACAACAAAAAUCCACAGCAUUAUUUCAGGCAGAUCAUGUGGAACCUCCGCAAGCUGCCGAAUGCUUGCCAGGGCCAAAGUGUAUUAAAGCCUCAGAUGUGCAAGAGAGCAUCCGACGAGGCCCAGAUGGUCUUCACAACUGCAUCCUCAGCAGACGCCGAGCCAAAGGACAGGCCCAACAGACCAGCCCCUGUCAGAACCGAGCAGAUGAAACCACAACAAAGACGACGAGAGCCCAAUGCUCUCAAAUCCACCACUCAGAGGAAAGUUAUUACACCUAAACCAACUGUGCCACAACCAACUACGCAGGUACCCAUGAGUGAGGCCAAGAAACUUGCUCAGGACCACUGCUGGCGCUCCUUCCAUGGUGUGUGUUCCUGGGUCAUUGGGUGGUUCAGAAAUUAAGGAUAAGGUAGGACUCUUUUUUUAAAUUACCAAAAACAAUAUGAGUUACUGUAAAUCUGAAAACUGUAUCUAAAAAAGUGUGUGUCCUCUCUGCAGUCACUCACAUUUCCGCAGACAACAAACCCCAUUCAAGAUGACUCUGAAUGUCUAACGUGAAGGUUUCGGACUGACAGAGACAAAUGAGACACCAUUCUCUACAAUAUAUUCUUAUGUUUGCAAAUGCUCAGACUCUAAUGCACAAUGUAUCAGAAUAGACAGGAUUACAAAGCUAGCAAUGAAUUUGGCUGUUGAGCAUAAUGCUGCCAACUGAUGUUAUACUGAUGUUGUUUUCCAAUCCUUAAACUAUAUGAUGAGGAACUUCAUCUUAUCAUGUGUACUGA